AUGUCAACACAAUCAAUUCCCAACAGCAACAAUAUCAAAGUCUGCGUUACAGGUGCCACCGGAUUUAUUGCCUCUCACAUUGUCUAUCAGCUCCUUCUGAAGGGCUAUACUGUACAUGGCACUGUUAGAUCGUUACCAAAGGGACAAGAGGAAUUGAUGAGUGCCCUCUUGAAAUUUGAUCAAUUCUCGGAGGAUGGACAGAAGAAAUUGAGUGAAGAGAUGAUGAAGGAGAGAUUGAUUUGUUUUGAAGGUGAUUUGUUGAAGGAGGGAUGUUUUGAGAAGGCAAUUGAGGGAUGUCGAUUUGUGCAACAUACUGCUAGUCCGUAUAAGAUUGAUGUGAAGGAUCCACAGACUGAUUUGGUUGAUCCUGCAUUGAAGGGAACUUUGAAUGUUGUGAAUGAAUGUAUAAAAUUGAGAAAAACACAAUCGAAUGAGGAUUCGAAUAGAUUGCAAAGAAUUAUACUGACCUCGUCGAUUGCUGCUAUUGUGGAUACUGCAUUGCCGGAUAAGGUUUAUACAGAGGAGGAUUGGAAUGAAUUAUCUGGUUUGGAUAAGAAUCCAUAUUUCUAUUCGAAAGUUGUUGCUGAAAAAGCUGCUUGGAAGGUGUUGAGACAAGCUGAAUUGGAACAUGGAAAUGAAUUUUUGGAAUUGGCUGUCAUUAAUCCUAGUGCAGUAGUUGGUAGACCAAUUUUUGAGAAACAAGUCAAUCAAAGUCAUGAAUCAAUCCAAAAAAUAGCCAAUGGUGAAUUUCCAGCCAUUUUCAACUUGGCAUUUGUUUUUGUGGAUGUCAAAGAUGUUGCUACAGCCCACGUUGCUGCAAUGGAACAUGAAAUUGAUAAUAGAAGCAGAUUUCUUCCAUCAAAAGGUGAAAGAUUCAUUGCUGCAGGAGAUGAAACUACAAACAUGAAACAAAUGUGUGACCUGUUUAGAGAAUUAUUCCCUAAUCCUCCAAAUACAUGGAUUAAGAAUGUUCCAAGUUUUUCAAUGGAAGGUGGUUUUGGAAAUGCAGUGGCCAAGUUUGCAGGAUUAUUCCAACCAAAGGGAGUUCGUCAACUUGUCAAUAGUUCUGUUGGAAAGCCAACCUAUUUCUCAAAUAAGAAGAUUAGAGAAACAUUUGGAAUGACAUUUAUGGAUGCUAAAACUCAAAUCAAAAUUUCGACAGAGCAUUUACUCAAAUUAGGAUUAAUCAAAUAAUAAUUAAUUCAUUUCAACUAAUUUAUAUAUAUAUAUAUAUUGUAUAAAUAAAUAAUUUAUUAUGCUAUUU